UUUGGUGGCGGGAAAAGUGAAGUCGUUUUCGCGCCAGGGGAGGAGUGAGCGCUGGGGGAAGUGGAGAAACCGACUCCAUUCUGCCGCUUGGAAGCAUGGCAGCCACCACUGUGAUAGACGACGUUGAGCUGCGGGAGGCUCAGAGAGAUUACCUGGACUUCCUGGACGAUGAGGAAGACCAGGGAAUUUAUCAGAGUAAAGUUCGAGAGCUGAUUAGUGAUAACCAGCAUCGUCUGAUUGUCAAUGUGAACGAUCUACGUCGGAAGAAUGAGAAAAGAGCCAUCCGGCUCCUUAACAAUGCCUUUGAGGAGCUCCUGGCCUUCCAGCGUGCCCUGAAGGACUUUGUGGCCUCCAUUGAUGCCACCUAUGCUAAGCAGUAUGAGGAAUUCUACAUCGGUUUGGAGGGCAGCUUUGGUUCCAAGCACGUUUCUCCUCGCACCCUCACCUCCUGCUUCCUCAGUUGCGUCGUCUGCGUGGAAGGCAUCGUCACCAAAUGCUCCCUGAUUCGUCCCAAGGUUGUCCGUAGCGUCCACUAUUGUCCAGCCACCAAGAAGACCCUAGAGAGAAACUAUACUGAUCUCACCACGCUGGUGCCCUUUCCUUCCAGCUCCGUCUACCCCACCAAGGAUGAAGAGAAUAAUCCUCUGGAGACAGAGUAUGGUCUUUCAGUGUAUAAAGACCACCAGACCAUCACUAUCCAGGAAAUGCCUGAGAAGGCCCCCGCUGGCCAGCUGCCCCGCUCUGUGGAUGUUAUCCUGGAUGAUGACCUAGUAGAUAAAGUGAAGCCAGGUGACAGGAUUCAGGUGGUGGGGACUUACCGUUGCCUCCCAGGAAAGAAAGGAGGAUAUACUUCAGGCACAUUCAGGACUAUUCUGAUUGCCUGCCAUGUGAAACUUAUGAGCAAGGAGGUUCAGCCUAUGUUUUCUGCUGAAGAUGUGGCCAAGAUCAAGAAGUUCAGCAAAUCGCACUCCAAGGAUAUCUUUGAUCAGUUGUCUAGGUCAUUGGCUCCCAGCAUCCAUGGACAUGAAUACAUCAAGAAAGCAAUCCUGUGCAUGCUCCUUGGAGGAGUGGAGAAGGUCCUAGAGAAUGGGAGUCGCAUCCGUGGGGACAUCAACGUUCUUCUGAUAGGAGACCCAUCAGUGGCCAAAUCUCAGCUUCUGCGUUAUGUACUUUGCACAGCUCCCCGGGCAAUCCCCACCACUGGCCGGGGUUCUUCUGGAGUUGGUCUGACAGCUGCUGUCACCACAGACCAAGAGACAGGGGAACGCCGCCUGGAAGCGGGGGCCAUGGUGCUGGCUGACCGAGGGGUUGUGUGCAUUGAUGAGUUUGACAAGAUGUCUGACAUUGACCGUACAGCCAUCCAUGAGGUGAUGGAGCAGGGCAGGGUCACAAUCUCCAAGGCUGGCAUCCACGCUCGCCUGAAUGCCCGCUGCAGUGUGCUGGCAGCUGCUAACCCCGUCUAUGGCAGGUACGAUCAGUACAAGACACCCAUGGAGAACAUCGGACUGCAGGAUUCUUUACUGUCCCGAUUUGACUUGCUUUUCAUCAUGCUGGAUCAGAUGGAUCCUGAACAGGACCGGGAGAUCUCAGACCAUGUCCUCAGGAUGCAUCGAUACCGAGCAGCUGGGGAGCAGGAUGGUGAUGCCAUGCCCUUGGGAAGUGCUGUAGAUAUCCUUGCAACAGAUGAUCCCAAUUUUGUCCUGGAGGAUCAGCAGGAGACACCUAUUUAUGAGAAGCACGACAACCUGCUUCAUGGAACCAAGAAGAAAAAGGAGAAGACAGUGAGUGCAGCAUUCAUGAAGAAGUACAUUCACGUGGCUAAAAUCAUCAAGCCUGUGCUGACACAGGAGGCAGCCAACCACAUUGCUGAUGAAUAUUCACGCCUACGAAGCCAAGAUAGCAUGAGCUCUGAUGUUGCCAGGACAUCCCCAGUCACAGCCCGGACGCUGGAGACUCUCAUCCGAUUGGCUACUGCCCAUGCCAAGGCCCGGAUGAGCAAGACUGUUGAGCUUCAGGAUGCAGAAGAUGCUGUGGAGCUGGUCCAGUAUGCUUACUUCAAGAAGGUCCUAGAGAAAGAGAAGAAGCGAAAGAAACGAAAUGAGGAUGAGUCAGAGACAGAGGAUGAGGAGGACCAAAUUCAGGAUGGCCAUGAGCAGAGGAAGAAGAAGAAGAAGAGGAAGGUCGAUGCUUCAGAGGGGAAAGAAGGGGAAUCUUACGACCCCUAUGACUUCAGUGACACAGAAGAGGAGAUGCCCCAGGUGCAUACCCCAAAGAUGCCUGACCCACAGGAAUCCAAAGAGGGCCAGAAGACAGAGUUGGCGGAAUCUAGGUUGAAGGAAUUCAAGGUUGCCCUCCUGGAAGUGUUCCGGGCAGCCCAUGCCCAGUCUGUGGGUAUGAAUCGUCUUAUAGAAUCCGUUAACCAGGACAAUGAAUCGCCCUUUUCCCCAGCUGAGGUCCAGGCUUCGUUGAACAAGAUGCAAGAUGAUAACCAGGUCAUGGUCUCCGAUGACAUCAUAUUCCUCAUCUGAUUCUGCUGUUUCCCUGACAAGGGAGCUUAUCUUGAAGACUGGUUUCGUUCAAGAAAAGUUUUCCCCAUCCUUUCCCCAUUCACAUUUCCUGUGUUUGUAUCUCCUUCUGCAUACAUCCCUUCUUCCAGCCUUUCCCUGCUGACUCAUUAUACUGCCUGAGACUUUGCUGAACAGAAGCUGAGAGCCUUGGGGGGUCCCAGUGAAGUUGAAGCUGGACUUAGAAGGAAAGCUUUGAACAUGGAACUUCAUCAUGUCACUGUGGGGUGACAGGGGAGGGGUGGAAGAGAAAGACCCUGGGGCCGUGAGGUUCUUUGAACAAGCUACCUCCCUCAUUGGGGAAGAAAAAUUCUCAGUGGCUUUUUUUCUGUGAAAGUCGCAAUGUCAGCAAUGACACUUCACUCUUUGAUGCAGCUUCUGUUUUGGUUGUAGUCCAUUUCGGCUGAGAUCUGCUGGUUGGUUUUUUCAGACCUCAUCUGAAUUAAGUGUGCUGACUGCCCCUGGUCCACACUUAGACUGCUGUCCCAGUUUUAAGACCCAGCAUUCACUUGUUUGAAAUAGCACAGGAGGCGGUUUCCUGGGUUAGUUGGCUCAAGUAUGCUUCGAAAAUAAUCCAGUGGUUUGAGAACAAUAUAUAUUUUUUUCUUCUGUAACAAUCUGGGUAAUUGCAUUAAUUCACCAUUUUGAUAAUGUAGAUUUGGCCUGAAUUACCUGUGCGUACUCCCUGCCCCCCUUCUCACCUUAAUGUGUGUGCUCCCACGCAUGCACCAAUUAUUUGGUUUUGCUUUUCAAAAAAAAAAAUAUCUUUGGCUUUGGAUU